AUAAAGAGAGUCCAUUAACUAAAAAGCCCAAUACAAAACUUUAAGGCCCAAAAUCUUUAAGAGACAAAUAUAUGGUGUAAAGCAAACUCAAAAAAAUUUUCGGAUUGUCCCCAAAGUAAUUUCCUUUUACUUACUACUACUGCUCUUGACUUAAAAAGUUAUAAACCCUCACGAUUCAUCCUUAAACCCUAAGCCUAAACCAAGAAGCGCAGAAGCUUUGACAAUGGCGGAUCCGAUGAACCCUAGCACUGGCGAUCAGCAACAGCAGAAGUACCGUCAGUACAAUCCGUACCAAAAAAUCAAUCUUCCGUACCGUCAGAUCUACGAACUCCCAACUUCGCCUGAGUUUCUCUUCGAAGAAGAAGCUACGAAAAAACGCUUGUCAUGGGGUGAGAACCUCACCUUCUUCACCGGGUGGGGUUAUCUCACUGGAUCGCUUCUCGGAGCCGCAAAGGGUACUAUUGAUGGGAUCCGAUCCGCCGAACGGGGCGAAUCUCUAAAGAUCCGAACGAAUCGGAUUUUGAACUCCGGUGGACUUGCUGCAAGACGCAGCGGGAAUUGCUUAGGAUCUCUCGGGUUGAUGUUCGCAGCUAUGGAGAGCGGUGUUACGUAUUUGAGAGACGGAGACGACGGUUCCUUGACUACUGUCAUCGCUGGUUUAGCCACUGGUGCCUUGUACAGAGCUGCCUCUGGGCCUAGAUCCGCUGUGGUUGCCGGAGCUGUCGGUGGAGUUACGGCUUUGGCGGCGGUUGCUGGGAGACGCAUCGUCAAACGAUUCGUUCCUAUCUGAUGAUGAGGUUCUCAAUUUCUCGCGAGGUUAGGGUUUAAGAAUUAGUUUAAAGCAGAGGUUUUUAGUGACUGAAUCAUUGCUACUCUAUUUAGGGUUCAUGAAUUUCCAUUGUGUAAAAAAAAGUUGACAUUUUUAUUGAUCUAAUUGCGCAACCCAAUUCAAUUU